UGAACGCACUGACAAUUAUUUUUUGUAUUUGAACAGUUUGUGAUUGUCUUUCUUUCAAAUUUCUCAACAAGACAGAUGCAAACUUGAUUAGUAAUUGAUAGUGUUGCUCCUGCUUUGCUGGUUAUACCAUCUCACGGGUGGACAUGCCGUACGCCAACCAGCCGAACGUGAAGAUAUUGGAUCUGUCUGAUGAGAACGUGAAAUUCACAAUUGAAAAUACCAAUUUGAGCGUUGCGAACAGCCUGCGACGAGUCUUUAUUGCCGAAGUGCCCACAAUAGCCAUCGACUGGAUACAGAUCGAGGCAAAUUCCAGUGUUCUUCAUGAUGAAUUCAUAGCUCACCGGCUUGGACUAAUUCCACUCACUAGUGAUGAGAUUGUCGACAAACUACGUUAUCCCAGGGAUUGUCAGUGUGAUGAGUUCUGCCCUGAGUGCUCAGUAGAGUUCACCCUGGAUGUGAAAUGCACAGACGACAACACAAGACAUGUGACUACAAAGGAUCUCAACUCGUCUAAUGCCCGGUGUGUGCCUGUGACUUCUCGCCAGGAGAGAUCAGACUUUGCCACCGAGGACAAUGACAUUCUGCUCCUCAAACUUAGAAAGGGUCAGGAGCUGAAAAUUCGCGCAUUUGCCAGGAAAGGCUUCAGUAAGGAACAUUCCAAAUGGAAUCCAACAUCUGGUGUAGCGUUUGAGUAUGAUCCUGACAACUGUAUGCGGCACACUCUCUACCCGAAAGCUGAGGAAUGGCCGAAGAGUGAGUUCUCAGAUAUUCCCGAAGAGGAGGCGCAAGCGCAAUACGAUUACACAGCAGAGCCUGAGCGGUUCUACCUCAAUGUAGAGUCUACCGGUUCUCUUCGACCAGAGAACAUUGUGUACAUGGGGCUCAAUGUGUUUAAGCACAAGCUGAAUGACUUGCAGACACAGCUCCAGCAUGAGACAGCUGAGGAGCAGCUGCGUGUGUAACCUUUUAGUUUUCAAAGCUGCAUACGUCGAAUAGUCUCUCUCUCUCUCUCUCUCUCUCUCUCUCUCUCUCUCUCUCUUCCACUCUCUCUCUCUCUCUCUCUCUCUCUCUCUCUCUCUCUCUCUCUUCCACUCUCUCUCUCUCUCUCUCUCUCUCUCUCUCUCUCUCUUCCACUCUCUCUCUCUCUCACCCUCUUGCUGUGUUUGUCUCAGUGCCCGCUUGAAGCUGCAACUCCCCCCCCCCCCUUUUUUUACAUCAUGAAAGUCUCUUGGCUGGUUAGAGUACAUCACAAAAUACCAGUCGUCAAAUCUCAAUAAAAAUGUAUGAUUUUUGUGUAAUAUGUUUUGAUUAUCUUGACAUAAACCAUGCACCUCGGUCUUAGCUGUUGCAACUGGAUUUUUUUCCAUAGAUCAGGUGCAGUCAA